AUGCAAUCACUUGACGCAUUAUGCCUUUUUAGCAUUAUACCAAUUAAUGACAGUGUGAGGUAUGGAACCACCUUUUGCAAGGGGAAUCUCGGUCGGGAAACGUUCAGAUUUGGCAAGCACCAGGACGAGGUGGUCCCGAACCUCGCCUUUGGGUGCGCUCACAACACCAGCGUCGAGGACUUGAACGGGAUCUUCGGGUUGGGCAAUAUCCCUAUCUCCUUCCUUUCACAGUACAAAGCCUCCAAGUUCUCGUACUGCUUCGGGAACUUGAACGAUCCGGAAUACCCCUACAACAUGCUUGCUAUCGGAAAAGAUGUCAGGAUGUGGGGUGCACGAACCCCACUGACGGUCGAGGACAAGUACUACGUGAACCUCGUGGAUAUUGCCAUCGGGCACAUAUGGCUGAAGACCAGCCGCCAUCUCUUUAGGAGGGAUAAAAGGAAAGGUGAGGGCGGGAUGUUGGUGGACUCCGGUUCGACUCUCACCUUCCUCCCACAGAUAGUGCUGACCGAGUUCGAGAAGAUAACGAGGAGUGUGAUCAAGAAGCUAAAUCUCCGCUUGUCCCCUUUCUCCAAAAAAUUUCGAGGAUACUCAACGCAGUGCUAUAUAGGGGAGGCCAUUUAUCUCGAACCGUUCCCGAAAGUGACGUUGCAUUUCCAGAACCGAGCAUACAUGGAGUUGACACCGGAUAAUGUGUUCUUUGAGGCCGAUGAUAAUCUUUUCUGCCUCGCGAUCCUUCCGUCAUCUUUACUCAGGAGAAAUACCACCAUACUCGGAAAUGUGAUGCAGCAGAAUUUCAACAUUGCUUUUGACCUGGAGGGAGAGGAACUAGCAUUCAACAGGAUGUCAUGUAAAAGCGUGGAGGAUUAUUAUGGUCACGAUGAGUUGUGA